AAAACCCGUAGUCAUAUGAUUUGAAGGGAAGUCACUCUCAAUUAUACUUAAUACUAGUGUUUACAUAGUAGAAAUUGUGGUUUGAGUUAAGAGUUACAAUUGUUUUAGAAAGUUAUUUGAUAUCAUUAUCAAUUAUAAUCAGCAUUAUGUCGUCAGGAGAAUCCAGCCAUUUAAUUGAAGACUUGGAGCGCCUAAGUAGCGGUAACAGUACAUGUUUUUGUUUUUUAUAUGCAGCUGCUCAAGACUCAAGGACAAGCCAUGUUACUAUUUAUUUUAUUUUUUUGGUUACAUGUACUUGGCCGAAUAGCAGGACAAGAUUAUCUACCAUUUCAUAGCGUCAGUUAUUAAAAUAUAGUGUUAUUACGGUUUGAAAUGCUAUUUAAACGGUUAUUCUUUCAUUAAUGUACAUUACUGGCCACUGGGUUUUUGUUGGCAUAGAAAUUGGAAAAGAGUGGGCGCUUUUUUCUCUUUGAAGUGCCAGACCCACGUUAUAUAAGUACAAGUACAGGAGUGUGCAUGAAUAGAGAGACUCAUGAGUCAGAGAGAUAUAUUCUUACAGGCUCAUUUCGUUAUUGUAUCUGAUGGAGGAAUGGCUUAUGCAGACAUAAACCAGAUCAGACAUGCCAUGGAAUCUACAAACACUCCUUUGUGGGAAAAAGAAGUUGGGGGGGCACUAAAUUUAGGGGUGAAUUUACACUUUUUCCUUAUAUUUAUUUACCAUCACCAAAAUCUAAAAUCUAACCAUAAAUUACAUUUUUUUAGCUGGCCAGAUACCUACAUCUAAGCUGCAAGAACAUGCUGAGGUUGUACGCAAAAACAAUGUGAACUGGAAAAGCUACCUGCAGUUAGUAUAAUUAAUAAUGUUUGCACUUAAAAAAUUGCUAAAAUAUAUUGAUUAUGGUUAAACGUAAAUUGUAAUUUAGUUGCUGUGUAUAAAUUUUAAAAUAACCAUUAUCAUUUUAAUUUGCUAUAGUAGCAUUUUAUUAACAUUGGGAUAUAUUUAUCUUGACAGAGGUCAAAUGAUUACAAAUGAAGUUUAUGAAUUCAUCUCAAAAUUUGACACGGCAAAACCAGAGGAGAGAACUGCUAUGUUACAAAAAAAUCCAACUCAGGUUUGUUAUUUGGGAUGUCAUUUACUGCGUCAAACAUUUUGUCAUUAUUAAACUGUUAUUAUUAAAUGAUCCCCUGGUUUGAACUGCUGAAAAUGGCCCAACUAAUAUUUUCUGUUUGUGUUUUUGAUUGACUUCCAGCAUUAACAAUUUUUCUAGGUUUUAAGUUCUCUGGACUAAAUAUUUUUGAAUUUUGUACCAUGAUGUCUAGUUUCUGACACAUGUAAAACCACUUAAAAGCAACCCCAGAGCUUCAAAUUAUGUGAAGUAAAAAAAUUUACAUAUACACAUGUUAUGUAGAUGACCUGUUUACAUUAUCUUUCCCUGUGAAUGAACUUUAGCUGACCCCAAGUUCGAUACCCUGUUUAGGGUGUGGCUAAUUAUAAAUGGUCUCCCUUGACCUUGUUCACAACUAAAUAAAAUCUAUAGUCUGUACAAUUACGUAGAAAAAUCUAGACUAAUCAAGAACGGAAUGCAAUGUGCAAGCCUAUUCUAGAAAUGUCUUUGGAACUAUAUAUAUAUAUAUAUAUAUAUAUAUAUAUAUAUAUAUAUAUAUAUAUAUACACCCCUCUAGAUAGAGAAUGGAGAGAGAGAUAUGUGAUCUAGAACACAAGAGAAAGAUGUGUGAUCAAGAACGGAAUGCAAUGUGCAAGCCUAUUCUAGAAAUGUCUUUGGAACUAUAUAUAUAUAUAUAUAUAUAUAUAUAUAUAUAUAUAUAUAUAUAUAUACACGCCUCUAGAGGGAUUGAAGGGAGAGAGAUAUUUGCUAACGAUUACAAGAUGAAGAUUUGUGAGUUUAUAUUUAAUUUCUGUGUGCAUGUACUACUUGUCUUUUGCCUUUCUUCUGCAAAAGAGUACCAGAGGCAGUACAUUAUGACAAUGAAGUUUAUGAUAUUGUUGCCAACCCAAAGCAAAUUCGAUGCACCAUAUGCGGCUAAAAGUUAAUGAAAUAGUGUAAAAACUACAGUGUCAUAGUCCAUGCAAACUGGUCUGAAAUUUUUCAUUGUAUAUGACUCGUAUGCUCCCACUGUCCCUAAAACGGGAUUCUCUGUUCUCUAUGAAGAUCUUGAUAUCGAUUUUCAUUGGAAAUUUAUUUGUGCGUUAUUGGGUAAAAAUGAUGCAAUCAUUGCAAGUAAUAUAGUGAAAUAUGAUUUUAAAUCCUUCAUGUUUUCUUGGAAACUAUACAUCUUUAUAUAUAACCAGUUUCAGUUUUAUUUUUUUCAAGUUUCAUUUCACACAUUCCCCACACAGACACACUUUUUUUUACAUUUGUUGAUGAACCUCAGCAGUUUGCUUCUUAUCAUUUAUCAGUUUGUCAUGGUGUUCCGCAUGUUGAUGGAAGGCAUCUCCCGUGACCAGACACUUCAGUAUGUUCUCACAAUGCUUGAUGAUGUUCUUCAGGUAUAUAAUAAACUUCUUUACAGGAGGAUGUGUAGAAAAUAGUUAAAAGCAUAUUGGUUUAUACAAAUCAGCAUUGAAGCAAAGAUCCAUGAGUAAUAAGAUUGCAGAACUGACAAUUCUCAUCUUUGACAAGUAAAAAUUGAGUUUUAUUCUGAGUGUAUUUAAAUUACAUUGAAAUAUUUCAUGUUUUUAUCUUCUUCUUCACUUAAUAUGAAGUUGAUUUUUAUUUUUUUUUUUUUUAUUUCUCAGGCUGACAAAUCUAGGGUUGAAAUUUUCAAAGACUUUGCCCGCAAGAAUAAAGAAAAUGUCUGGCAACCAUUUUUCCAUCUCCUUGAUAGGGAUGACAAAUUUAUUGUGUAUCAGGUGGGUUUUACCAGAAAUAUCUAUGGUGCUAACAAGGUAAUAAUUAGUCAAAUUUUUCAGAGACAUAUGCUACCCAGCCUAUUCUUCACUAUUUAAUUUUUUUUUUUAAAUCCUUUUAUUCAAAAUGUUUUAUUUUCCUAUGAGAUUACCGAAACAAAGCUAUUAGUUUAUUGACCAAAAUGUAUGCCAAGAAAAGGAAUGUAAUGCAUUUUUUCCCAUUAUUCCCAAUAAUGAAUUAACAAUGAUUGUUGACACUUCAGUAAGUUUUGAGAGACAUUUAACGAAUUACUCAAAAUUACAAGUAACACAUUUUGUUUAAAUUACCAUAUUCUCUUUUUCAGGCCAGCCGAAUUAUUGCCAAGAUUGCAUGUUGGUCCAAGGAUCAGAUGGAACGAAAACACCUACAGAGUUACCUUGUCUGGCUAAAGGAUCAGAUCAAAUUACCUGUAAGAUUUUUAAAUUUUAUUUUGUGUUUGAUCUAUACCUUGUUGUUUUGAUGUGAUAGGACACAAUGUUAACUUUUAAUGAAACGUUUUAUUUACUAUCAAUAAUAUAUGUUGUGGUUUUUAAGCAUUAUAAAAGUUUGCAUUGAAAACAUUGUAUUUAAACAUUUUCUCAGUCAAUCAGAAAAACAAAAAUGUGUUUCCAAAGUUUUUAUACCUCUGAUGUUUUAGAUCUGUAUCCAUUACCCUUAUAGAUGAACUUUAUAAUCCCUAUAUAAUUUUGAGGGGUUAUUAUAGAACAUAAGAACUCUUAUUAAUGUAAUUAACUAAUGGCACCCCUACAUCCCUUAGCUCAAAUGUUUCUUGAAAUAUUUUUUUACAAAACUGACAAAAAUAAUUUUUUUUAAAAUAAUAAUUUGUGACUAAAAUUCUGAUAAUCCUGCAGCUCAUCUCUCCCCUGAAGUUAAACCUGUAUCAGUUUUUCAUGUAAACAUAUACUUCAACUAGUAAUUGUAAUGAAUGAUUUUGUCCAUUGUUUGCAGAACAAUGAAUAUCUAUUGUCUGCUGGUCGAAGCCUUCAAAUGAUGCUUAGGAUUAACAACUACAGAAUAGUUUUUGUGGAAGUUGAUGGAAUUUCUGCGUAAGAGAAAUAUUUUAUGUUUCAAGGAGACAGCUUGUUGAUAAAUCUUAUUCCAUUUCAAUUGGUUUUGAUGAUAAAUAAAUUAUGUUUCUUAAAUUAAAUUUUUUUUUCUGUGGAUGUUGAGAAAGUUGUUUUUUUUCCUUUUUAAGUUGAUGAAUGUCAAAAUGUAUUUCUGUGUCCCUUUAUCCCAGAAUUGUUCAUGUCUUGGCCAACAAUCCAAGCUUUCAAGUCCAGUACCAGCUGGUUUUCUGUUUGUGGUGUAUCUCUCACAACUCCAGCUUGGCUGAAAGAAUGAACAGGUAAGACUUCUUUCACUGAAAAAUAAUAGUAAGUUUAACUUAUUUGAUUUGGUUAAGAAAUCUGAUACACAUUUAAAAAAUUUACAGAUAAUUUUUCUUUGCUGCAAAAAAAUAGUUUAAAAGUAAUAAAAGUUUUAUUUGUUAUUCUUAUUUGGUUUGUUUUUCCUUGCAGUGGCAACAUAAUUCCUACAUUGGCAGAUGUGCUAAGUGAUGCUGUAAAGGAGAAGGUCACCCGUAUUGUCCUGGCCACUUUUAGGGUGAGUUUUUAAUUUGAGAUGAGAAAAUUUAAAUUGAGUUUUUAUUUUGGUACUCAGGAAUAACUUGGAGGUUCUGGAACUUAACCAACACAAACCAAAAACUUUGAAAUUUUUGUUUCUUCUCAUUUUUAACAGAAUCUUAUUGAGAAUGUUGAGGAAGAGAGUGUCCGUCAGGAACACGCAUUGUCCAUGGUACAGUGUAAGGUAAGAAAAACUAGUGCUGCUUUUGCUACAGUUUAAGGUGGUAAUAUGGUUUGAUGUACAUGACUCAACAGAAGAUCAUCUAAUCUUGAAAAAACAUUUAACUCCCUGCAAAAUUAUUGCUACCUGCAAAUAUAUUCAAGUGAUAAGUCUUUGAUAAUUUUUUUUUAACCAACUUUACUUGUAACUAAUAAUUAACUUUUAGGUGGUAAAAAUUGUAAUUUGAAGUGGCUAUAUUAUAUGGAGCACAUGUAAUAACAGGCACUAUCAGUAUUUUUUUUUACCAGGAUAUCCUGCACUUUUCUUAAAUUUUACCAUUGCUUUUCUUUUCCGGGAAAAGGUAUAAAAAAAAUUCAAAAUAUAAACAAAAACAAAUUUUUACCUGAAUUUUAUGUGUACCGAGUGAAGACUUGAAAAUUCUUAUUUUAAUUUGGUCCUUUAAUGGUCCAAAUUUAUAUCAUUGUCUAAUUCACCUUUAGUGUGUGUGUGUUUUUUUUAUCAAGGUCUGUUUUAUUUGCAGUUAAUUCUAUUAUGGCUCUGUUAGUAAAAUGUUUUAAUUUAGCCCAGUAAUAACCACUAGAACCAAACUUGUGAUAGGUACUCAAACACCUGGAGCUGCUAGAGGGCAGACAACACCAGGACGAGGAUGUUGUAAAUGACCUUAAGUACCUGUUAGAAAAGCUCAACGAUUCAAUCCGGGACCUCAGGUCAGUCUGAAAAUUAAGAUAUAAGAAAGACAAUCUACUGAUGAUUUUACAACUGAUAAAAAAUUCCAAUGAAUUCUUUGGAAAGAACAUUGUAAUUUGGACAUUCAAAAUUGUCUUUGACCUUAUAGAAUUGUUUCUGCUAACAAAUCUGUCUAACUGGAAAAAUAUUUUUGAGCUGAUUAAAUGGCACUAAGAAGAUUUAAUUUCCAAUUAAAAAAUUAAUUUGGAUUUCCUCGCCAAAAAUGUAACUAAUAUUCCAGGUUACAUUUUUUUUUAAAUGUUUAAUAAAUUAAAUAUACUUUCCUCCACUGAUUCAUCUUCAAUUGUUAAAUAUUUUUAUUUUUACCAUCUGAAAAUAUGAAAUUCAGUUUAAUGUGUGUAAUAUUAGCAAAUGUUUUUUAAACAUUUUUUUAAAAGAACUUAUCACAUAAUACCAACAGCUUGUCAUUUUUACUGAAUGAAAUUGUAUACAUUAAAAUCUCCUACAAAUGUCAACCCUCUUGUAAAUGUGUUUGCUUAUGUUGGCAGUUCCCUUGAUGAGUACAUCACUGAGGUGAAAUCUGGCAGACUGGAGUGGAGCCCGGUACACAGAUCUGAUCGCUUCUGGCAUGAGAACGCUGCCUACCUCAAUGAAAAUAAUUAUGAGCUUUUGAAGUAAUUUUUCAAUUGUAUCUGUAUCCUGUCACACAAUGCUAAUACACUUAGUGUAUCUUAUUAAAAUACACCAUCAGAAUAUGUUGUCACAUUAAAUUUUCUGAGUAAUCACUAGGUCUUUAAUUUCAAAUAAUUUGUCAUUUCUCGUUUUUUAUUGUCUGCUGAAGAAGAAGUCAUUUAGUCAAAACGACCUGAAUCUUGCUGUAAAUAUAAAUUUUGGUGAUCUCUAAAUUUGUGAAAUUUGAGUCCCAGUAAAGCCGAUGAUAGAAAUUGAUUGAUUAAUAUAAGUCAUUGGGCUUUUAAAAUAUUUUUAUUAAAAAUAAUUUUUGUAAAUACACAAAAGUUUUAUCAGGCAAUUUAUUAUUGACAUUUAUGUCACAACAGGAUGUUGAUUCGCUUGCUAGACACAAGCAAAGAUCCACUUGUCUUGUCCGUUGCUGCCCAUGACAUUGGAGAGUAUGUACGCUAUUACCCAAGAGGAAAGAAGUAAGAUUAUUUUUUUAUUAUAAUUAUUGUGUGUAUUACCAGUAUUAGUAUUUAUAUUGAGGAAAAGAAGGGUGAAAUUUCUUUGUUUCUUUUAACAAUUUUUGUUUCAAAUUUGUUUAGAAGGAUAUCUACAAUAGAGCACUCAUUCUUUCUACAUUUUUUUCUUUAUUUUAUUAACCAUGUUCAAUUUUUUAUCCGAAUUUUUUAAUAUCUAAUUUAAGUUAAAAAAAAAAACAAGUUUUAUCAGCUGAAGAGCAUUCUAAGAAUUUUUUGUAAAAACAUUACACCAUCUAGCAUUUUUAUAACUUCUUAAAAUUGUAGAAAACUCUUUGGACACCUUUUAGCAUUAAAAAAUGUAUGAAGAUAUGAUUAUAUUUCAAAUAACUUGUGUUUGUUAUUAGUGUUGUAGAGCAGCUUGGUGGAAAACAGCUAGUUAUGCAGUACAUGAUGCACUCUGACCCCAAUGUCAAAUAUGAAGCACUGAUUGCAGUACAGAAACUUAUGGUUCAUAAUUGGUACGGUAAAAUUCACAAUUUUGUUCUUAUUUGUUCUGUUAUGCAUGUCGAACUGACUGUGGUAUUAUAAUAAAUGCACAAACACAAAUACAAUUGUGACAGUUUUAGGAAAACUACAUGCAAAUCUCUAAUGAAAAGACUAAAGAAGUUAAGAACAACUUAACCUUAUCCUGAUUCCACUAACUCCCUUAAAAUAAAAUUAUUAAGCUUUGACGAGGUCUUAAUGAUUAUAUUACCUUUGCCUCUAAUUUACUUUGAAAAUUACUUUAAUUCGUUUGACUGCCACCAGCAAUUGUAAAAAAUGAUUCAUUUAACAGAUUUUAGAACUAGAAUAUGUUAAUAUUCGACAUUAAAGCUCAAGUGAUUUGCUAUAUAUAUUUUUUCUGUAAUUGCCUGCAGGGAAUACAUGGGCAAGACAGUGGACAUGAAGCAGCCAGGAUUCAGCGCAAUACCCAAGAGAGCUUAAAAUCUUUAGGCUUUUAUAUUCUGUGCAUUGACCUUUAUGUGACCAAUGGAAUUUUUUAGACACUAGUAACAAGAUCACCAAAAAUGUUCCGUUAUAUUUUACCAGUGUUAACAUGUACUUUUCAGAAUUGAUGCAAGUUCAUUGGGUAUCUUGUAUUGUUCAAAUCAUUUUUAAAAGUCAUUAAAAUACAAACUGACUAUACCUGCGAUGAAUAAGAAUUCACUGGGUGCGUUUUUGGUGUUCCUGUAACUCUAUAAACAUAUCAUUCCUUUUAUUAGGUCAUUGUCAAAUUCUCCCAGUAGACCUCAUAAGACUAUUUAUUUACAUAGAGAAAUUUAAUUAUAAUUAGGUUAUCCAAAGAGUUUUAUUACUUUAAUUUAAUAUUUAUCUAACAUUAAAAUACAGUAUGCAAAAUUUUAAAAUUUUCUCAACUGCAACUUAUUUUCACCUAAAAUUAUUAGCUUUAUAUGGUUUGAAAUCCUCUCUUGAGUUGCAAUCCAUCUGAAACUUUAAGCCCCUAAUUUUUUUUACACAAUAAUAAUAAUAAUAAUAAAGUUCAUUUAAAAAACACGCUUCAUCCCCAAAGGCUCGAAGCGCGGUACAAAGUCAACAAAAAACAUAUCUAUAAUUCACCACAUUUAAAACAAACACAACACUACAAAAACUAAUUACAAUGAACUUCCCACCCCCUUUUUUUUCAAGCCAGUUUACAAGAAAAAGUUUCCAUACAUUUUUUUAAAUCCAUGAACCGGGUUUUCCUUUACAUGCUACAAUAAAGUGAUAUGUGAUAACUGAAUGAAGCCAUUCCUUGUAUAAAUCAUGCAUUUUAUGUAUGUACUUCCCCUGCCAUGUCACUCACUUUGAUUGAUGGGGCAUUUGUGUUGUCAAUGAAGCUGGAGGGAGCAUUCUGUCCUAAGAGUGACAGUAAACACAAAAUGUAACUUUUAAAAUUUCAAACAUUAAUUUCAUUUAAAAAUUGUGUGUUGUUUACUUCAGUUACUUGUAACAAAAACAAUGUUCACAAAUAGCUUAUCAUGACAAAACACAAAACUUCUAUUAUUGUACUCAGUAGUAUUAUUUAUAAAUAUAAACAAGAUUGAAAACCAUAUUGAAGCAAACAGACACUGUGUGUGUGUAUAUAUAUAUAUAUAUAUAUAUAUAUAUAUAUAUAUACAUAUACAAACAUUUGCAACACAAAUUGUUCAACUUUCAGUGUUAUGAUUCAUUUGCAUUUGUAAACAUGUACAGUUUUCUUUACACCAAUUUUUUUCUUUUUUUAUAAGCUCCUUUGAUGUGAAUGGUAAAACAGAUUCAAUAUAAGCUUAAGAUGUUUAAAAUCAAGCAUUGUUUAGGAUAAUAUAUGGCUUUCUUGUGGUAAAAAAAAAAAAGAAAAGUCUAAAGAAAAUCUAAAAUAUCACUUUAUAAAAUUAUAUUUUAUUUGUUUAUGUAGUGAGUUUAAAAGAAAAAAAAACAACUUUAUAGGCAUGUUGAACUAAGUUUUACCAUAAUGCAGUCAAUAACUGUGUUAAUUAUAAUUCUGUGUACUUGAUGUGUAGGGACUCAUAGUGUAAUUCCUUUAGUCUGUGAAUGUGAUAUAUUAUUAUGUUUAUAUCUUUCAACUUUGAUCAUGUAAGCGGAGUGUAUAAUAUUCAUGUCAAUAAGUGUAUGCAGAGCAUUUGUGCUGAUAUUUUCAGUGAGAAUGUGUCAUUAAAAAAUGAGACAUGUUUGUGUGUUACCAUUUCAAAGGCUGCUGGUUGACAUAUUUUUUUAUUUAAAAAUUACAAAAUAUGUAAAUGAAAUCAUUCUGAAAUAGUGAUAAAUAUUGUGGUUUUAAAAAAACUAAAUAAUUAGUAUUUUUAUUAUUAGCUAGGGUUUCAAAUGAAAAAUUUGAAGCAAAAUUCUCAAGAAAAAAAUUAAUUUAAAAUAAUUUAUGAAAAGGCUAUGGGAAAUGAAAUAGAGUGGAUCAUUUAAUGUCUUUAUUAUGUGGUAAAUUGAAUGUAUCGUUAAGUUAAAAUAUGAUAAUUAAUGCACAAGAAAGUGUAUUUAAAAGGAGAAUAACAUUGAAAGCAGCUGCUCUCUUGUACUUAUAUAAAUGUUUCUGAUUACUUAUUUAUAAUUUAAUGGAUAAUCUAUUAUGUAUACGUAGGUGUGUAGCCACAGGAAGUUGUCAGUUGGGACUGAAGAAAGCAUAUUUUAUUAAAUUAAAUUUUGCUCAUUAUAGCCAAGGAAAGAAGAGAGUUAUAAUAGUAAAGUCCUAAUAAAUUAUGAAAAUAAUAUUU